GUCUCCGCUGCCCGCCCCAGCCUGGAGUGCCCACCAUGGGGACACCCAUCAGGAGGAAAGCAGGCCUGCUGAUGCUGGUAGCCACGGCCCUAGUCUCCACCCCAGCUUGGAGCUCGGCCUGGGGAUCCCCAGCUACCUUUGGGCCUGUCUUUGAAGAGCAACCCCUUGGCCUGCUAUUCCCAGAGGAGUCCACAGAGGAGAAGGUGAUGCUGGCGUGCCGCGCACGGGCCAGCCCCCCGGCUACCUAUAGGUGGAAGAUGAACGGCACCGAGAUGAAGCUGGAGCCGGGCUCCCGCCAGCAGCUGGUCGGCGGCAACCUGGUCAUCAUGAACCCCAGCAAGGCCCAGGAUGCUGGCGUCUAUCAGUGCCUGGCCUCCAACCCCGUGGGCACGGUCGUCAGCAGAGAGGCUGUCCUCCGCUUCGGCUUUCUGCAGGAAUUCUCCAAAGAGGAUCGAGACCCAGUGAAGACCCACGAAGGCUGGGGGGUGAUGCUGCCCUGCAACCCGCCUGCCCACUACCCAGGCUUGUCCUACCGCUGGCUCCUCAAUGAGUUCCCCAACUUCAUCCCGACGGAUGGGCGGCACUUCGUGUCCCAGACCACAGGGAACCUGUACAUCGCACGGACCAACGCCUCAGACCUGGGCAACUACUCCUGCCUGGCCACCAGCCACAUGGACUUCUCCACCAAGAGCGUCUUCAGCAAGUUUGCUCAGCUCAACCUGGCCGCAGAAGACACCAGGCUCUUUGCUCCCAGCAUCAAGGCCCGGUUCCCGGCAGAGACCUACGCCCUGGUCGGACAGCAGGUCACCCUGGAGUGCUUCGCCUUCGGGAACCCGGUCCCCAGGAUCAAAUGGCGCAAAGUGGAUGGCUCCCUGUCCCCGCAGUGGGCCACGGCCGAGCCCACCCUGCAGAUCCCCAGCGUGGGCUUCGAGGACGAGGGCACCUACGAGUGUGAGGCGGAGAACGCCAAGGGCCGCGACACCGUCCAGGGCCGCAUCAUCGUGCAGGCUCAGCCCGAGUGGCUCCGGGUGAUCUCUGACAGGGAGGCUGACAUCGGUUCGGAUCUCCACUGGGCGUGCGCCGCCGCCGGCAAGCCCCGGCCCGCAGUGCGCUGGCUGCGGAACGGGGAGCCUCUGACCUCCCAGGCCCGGGUAGAAGUGCUGGCCGGGGACUUGCGGUUCUCCAAGCUGAGCCUGGAGGACUCGGGCAUGUACCAGUGUGUGGCGGAGAACAAGCACGGUACCAUCUACGCCAGCGCCGAGCUGGCGGUGCAAGCGCUUGCCCCCGACUUCAGGCUGAACCCUGUAAGGCGUCUGAUCCCUGCAGCCCGAGGAGGAGAGGUCGUGAUCCCCUGCCAGCCCCGGGCCGCUCCUAAGGCAGUGGUGCUCUGGAGCAAAGGCACUGAAAUUUUGGUCAACAGCAGCAGAGUGACUGUGACUCCGGAUGGCACCUUGAUCAUAAGAAACGUCAGUCGGUCCGAUGAAGGCAGAUACACCUGCUUUGCUGAGAACUUCAUGGGGAAAGCCAACAGCACGGGCACCCUGUCUGUGCGAGAUGCAACCAAAAUCACACUAGCCCCCUCGAGCGCCGACAUCAACCUAGGUGACAAUCUGACCCUGCAAUGCCAUGCCUCCCACGACCCCACCAUGGACCUCACCUUCGUCUGGACCCUGGACGACUUCCCCAUCGACUCUGACAAGCCUGGGGGUCACUACCAAAGGGCCAGCGUGAAGGAGACGGUUGGGGAUCUGACCAUCCUGAAUGCCCAGCUGCGCCAUGGCGGGAAGUACACGUGCACGGCCCAGACGGUGGUGGACAGCGUGUCUAAGGAGGCCACGGUCCUGGUCCGAGGUCCGCCAGGUGCCCCAGGAGGCGUGGUGGUGAGAGACAUCGGCGACACCUCUGUCCAGCUCAGCUGGAGCCGUGGCUUUGACAACCAUAGCCCCAUCGCCAAGUACACCCUGCAAGCUCGCACUCUGCCUUCAGGGAAGUGGAAGCAGGUUCGGACUAAUCCCGCCAACAUCGAGGGAAACGCCGAGACUGCCCAGGUGCUGGGCCUCACACCCUGGACGGACUACGAGUUCCGGGUCUUAGCCAGCAACAUCCUGGGCACUGGGGAGCCCAGUGGACCCUCCAGCAAAAUCCAGACCAAGGAAGCAGCCCCCUCGGUAGCCCCGUCGGGUCUCAGCGGAGGCGGUGGAGCGCCGGGAGAGCUCACCGUGACCUGGACGCCCAUGUCCCGGGAGUACCAGCACGGAGGCGGCUUCGGCUACCUGGUGUCCUUCCGCAGGCAGGGCGGCACCAGCUGGCAGACCGCGAGGGUGCCCGGCGCCGACGCCCAGUACUUCGUCUACAGCAACGACAGCGUCCGGCCCUACACGCCCUUUGAGGUCAAGAUCCGCAGCUACAACCGCCGCGGGGACGGGCCCGAGAGCCUCGUGGCCGUCGUGUACUCGGCCGAGGAAGAGCCCAGGGUGGCCCCUCCCAAGGUCUGGGCCAAAGGGGUCUCGUCCUCGGAGAUGAACGUGAGCUGGGAACCCGUGCAGCAGGACAUGAACGGUAUCCUCCUGGGGUACGAGAUCCGCUACUGGAAGGCUGGCGACAAAGCAGCGGCCGCUGACCGAGUGAGGACAGCAGGGCUGGACAGCAGCGCCCUGGUCACGGGCCUGCACCCCAACACCAAGUACCACGUGACUGUGCGGGCCUACAACAGGGCCGGCACCGGGCCCGCCAGCCCCUCUGCCAACGCCACCACCAUGAAGCCGCCUCCACGGCGACCCCCAGGCAACAUCUCCUGGACUUUCUCGAGCUCCAGUCUGAGUAUCAAGUGGGACCCUGUAGUCCCGCUGAGUAAUGAGUCUGCAGUCACAGGCUACAAGAUGCUGUACCAGAACGACCUACACCCAACUCCCACGCUGCACCUCACCAGCAAGAACCGGAUAGAAAUCACAGUUCCCGAGGACAUCGGCCACGCGCUGGUGCAGAUUCGGACCACAGGGCCAGGAGGCGACGGGGUCCCGGCAGAGGUUCACAUCGUGCGGAAUGGAGGCACUAGCAUGAUGGUGGAGAACUCCGCAGUCUGUCCAGCCCCGCAUCUGGACACCGCCCUCACCCACUCCGUGGCAGUGCUGGUCCUCUUAGGCUACCUGCAGCUCUGAUCUCGGCACCCUGCCUCCCCGCCACAGCUGGGCGCCCACCUCGACGGACAACCGGCUGGCCCCAGUCCCUUCCCAAUGCCAAGGUGGCCCAGCAGUGUGCCUGAGAACGGCUGGUUUCAAACACUGACUUUAUU